AUGUCGUUCUCGGUGCCGUUGCGAAGUGUGGCGCAGCUGCAGCGAGCAGUGCUGCUCUCCCGAGUCGCCGUCCCACGCGCAGCCCUCGCCGUCAGAACAUCGACGACGCUGAACGACGGCGCGAACAAGGCCCCCGACUUUUCGCACCAUUUCAAGUACGAGCGCUUGUGGUCGGCCGCCCUUCUCCCCGUCAUGCCGGCCGCCUACUUUGUCCAUGGGCCCGUCAUGGACGCCGUUUUGACGAUUGCCCUAUCGCUGCACAUCCACUGGGGGUCCAAGCUG